CUGUAUGUUUAGCUUGUGGCUUUUCCAUAGGACCUGUCACCAUGUCCCAACAACCCCUGAGCUGCCUGACUGAGAAAGGGGACAGCCCCUGUGAGACCCCAGGAAAUGGACCUCCCACUAUGGUUCACCCCAGCCUGGACACAUUCACCCCCGAAGAGAUGCUUCAGCAAAUGAAGGAACUGCUGGUUGAAAACCACCAGCUGAAAGAAGCCAUGAAGCUAAAUAAUCAAGCCAUGAAAGGGCGAUUUGAGGAACUUUCGGCCUGGACAGAGAAGCAGAAGGAAGAACGCCAUUUGUUUGAGACACAGAGCAGAGAGGCCAAGGAGCGCCUCAAGGCCCUGAGUCACGAAAACGAGAGACUGAAGGAAGAGCUGGGAAGACUGAGAGAGAAACCAGAAAGGCCAUCUGAAGACCUCCCAGGUGGCUUCAGGCUUCCCAGGGCCGACUUGGAGCAGGAAGUAGAGCAGCUGAAGACCCAGGUGAUGCGCCUUCAGGCUGAAAAGGCGGACCUGCUGGGCAUUGUCUCAGAGCUGCAGCUCAAACUCAACUCCAGCGGCUCCUCAGAAGACUCUUUCGUUGAGAUCAGGAUGGCUGAAGGAGAGGCUGAAGGGGCAGUGAGGGAAAUGAAGGACAGUCCUACGCCUACAAGAACAGACUCCAUCAACAUGACCAAGUCUACAGGGGAUGCCAGGACUUGUGUGGAAUUUGAAGAGCUAACUGUGAGCCAGCUCCUGCUUUGCCUCAGGGAAGGAAACCAGAAGGUGGAGCAACUUGAAAUUGCACUCAAAGAAGCAAGAGAAAGAAUUUCAGAUUUUGAAAAGAAAGCAAAUGACCAUUCUGAGGUUGAGACCCAGACAGAGGGGAAUGCAGGAAGAGCAGAUGAAGAGGACAAAGACCCAGAGAGUGUUGGAAGCGAAGUGGAAACACUGAACGUUCAAGUGACCUGCCUGUUUAAGGAGCUUCAAGAGGCACACACGAAACUCAGUGAGGCUGAGCUAAUGAAGAAGAGACUUCAGGAAAAGUGUCAGGCUCUGGAAAGGAAGAACUCUGCAACCCCAUCAGAGCUGAACGAGAAGCAAGAGCUGGUUUACAGUAACAAGAAGUUAGAGCUGCAGGUGGAGAGCAUGCGCUCCGAGAUCAAGAUGGAGCAGGCUAAGACCGAGGACGAAAAAUCCAGGCUAGCCUCUCUGCAGUCAACACACAACAAACUUCUUCAAGAGCAUAAUAAUGCACUGAAGACAAUUGAGGAACUAACCAAAAAACAGGCUGAAAAGGUGGACAAGAUGGUGCUGCAAGAGCUCAGCGAGAAGCUGGAGCUGGCAGAACAAGCGCUGGCAUCCAAGCAGCUUCAGAUGGAUGAGAUGAAGCAGACCAUAGCUAAGCAGGAGGAAGACCUGGAGACCAUGGCUGUCCUCAGGGCUCAGAUGGAGGUUUACUGUUCAGAUUUUCAUGCUGAAAGAGCAGCAAGAGAGAAGAUUCAUGAAGAAAAGGAGCAGCUGGCCUUGCAGCUGGCAAUUUUGCUGAAAGAGAACAAUGACUAUGAAGAUGGAGGCAGUAGGCAGUCCUUGAUGGAAAUGCAGAGCCGGCAUGGGGCAAGGACCAGUGAUUCUGACCAGCAGGCUUACCUGCUUCAAAGAGGAGCCGAGGACAUGAGCUGGCAGCAGCAGCCGCCGCGGAGUAUCCCCAUUCACUCUUGCCCCAAAUGCGGAGAGGUCCUGCCAGACAUCGACACACUACAGAUCCACGUCAUGGAUUGCAUCAUUUGAGUGUUGUUUCAACUCCCCAAAACUGUUGGUAAAUGCCAGGUUUUCUCCUCCGAGACUUGUACUUCUGUCUUAUUUGUUGUCACACAAAUCCGUUUGCCACGUUAUCCUUAUUUCUGAAGAAGAAAAUGUACAUGACCCCAGGAGAGCAUCUUCCAGACUGGCAGGAACUCACAGAGUAGAAUCUAAUUACCACCCUUCCUGUAAGGGAGCCAGUGUUUUUACGUUCUGCUCAGCCAGACCU